AUGGCCAGUGUCCAGAUGCCGCCUGCGGUGCAACCGGGGUCCGCCAUCCCGGCGGGCAUGACCCAGCAGCAAGCCCAGGAAGUCUAUAUGCGAUUCCAACAGAUGAAGAAGCAGGGCGUUCCUAGCAAUGACCCCGAGUUCAUCAAGACUCAGUCCAUCCUUGCUGCCCUCCAGCGCCAUAGCGAGUUGCGGAAACAGCAGUUACAGAUGCAGCAGCAAAUGCAACAACAACAGCAGCAGCAGCAGCAGCAACAGCAGCAGGCCAUGCAAAACGGGGCGAAUGGAAUUGUCAAUGGGACCCAACCUGGUCGUCCCGGGCAGCCCGCCACGACGCAAACGACAAUGCCUCCCUCUACAACUUCGCUCGGCGCGUCCGCCCUGCCGGCAACCUCGGGCGCCCCUGCUGCCAACACUACGACAGCUGCGCCGGCGCAGGGCCAGGCCAGUCAGUUUACACAAGCCCAGCUCAACCUUCUCUGGACACAGAUCAAGGCUUUCAGGAUGCUUGGCAAGAAUGCCGGCGUCCCCAUCCAGAUGCAGAGGGCGAUAUUUGAACACAGAGCGCGGCGCCGCAUGUCGUUGGCAAAACAAGGCACGCAAUCCCCCACCACCGCGAAUCCCCCCUCAGACGCCCCCAGUCAGGACGGCCCGAAACCCGGCCCCAAUGGAGCUGAUGCCCAAGCUCCAUCCGUCCCGCAGCCCAAGUCAUUCAAGACGGUCAAGUCUCCGUAUGACGGUGGGCUGGUACGUCAAACCAUCUCUUACAUCGACCAUGGUCGCCGGAAGAACCGUCUUAUCAUCCCGGGAAUCUUCCCAACGGGGAUAGACUUCGAGCAGCUGAGGGCCGAUCGCGAGAAGAUUGUGUUCAACCGCAUGAGCGCAAGAUACGCGGAGCUGAAGUCGCUGCCCGGCAACCUGGCACACUGGGAUGCGUCCCAAGAUUCUCUCGUGGCGGACGACACGGCUAAGAGGAAGGCUAUCAUCGAGAUGAAGAAGCUGGCUCUCUACUCGAAGCAGCGGGCGCUGAGGGACAGGAUCGGGAAGCAGAUGAUGCACUAUGACAACUUGGCCAUGACCACCAACCGAGCCGCCUAUCGCCGCAUGAAGAAACAAAACGUCCGCGAGGCUCGCGUCACCGAAAAGCUGGAGAAGCAACAACGUGACGCGCGCGAGAACCGGGAGCGCAAGAGACACAUCGACUUUUUGCAGGCUGUCUAUAACCACCGGAACGAGGUUCUCAAUGCCGGCCAGGUUCAGCGCUCAAAGACACAGAGGCUCAGUCGCCUUAUGUAUGCUCACCAUUUCAACAUCGAGAAGGAAGAGCAGAAGAGGAUCGAGAGGACAGCCAAGCAGCGUCUGCAGGCGCUCAAGGCGAACGACGAAGAGGCGUACCUCAAGCUGCUCGACCAGGCCAAGGAUACCCGCAUCACCCACUUGCUCCGCCAAACCGAUGGCUUCUUGAAACAGCUCGCCUCUUCUGUUCGCGCUCAGCAGCGGCAAGCCGCUGAGCGGUACGGCGAACAAAUCGAUAUUCCUCCCGACGAGAGCGACAUUGACGAGGACGACGAGGAGAGCGGCCGGAAGAUUGAUUACUACGCCGUUGCCCACCGCAUCAAAGAGGAGGUUACGGAACAGGCCAGCAUCCUGGUUGGCGGUACUCUCAAGGAGUACCAGCUCAAGGGCUUGCAGUGGAUGUUGUCUCUCUACAACAACAACCUCAACGGUAUCCUUGCUGAUGAAAUGGGUCUCGGCAAGACGAUCCAGACGAUCAGCUUGAUCACGUACCUGAUCGAGAAGAAGCACCAACAAGGCCCCUACCUGGUCAUUGUCCCCCUCAGUACCCUGACCAACUGGAAUCUGGAGUUCGACAAGUGGGCGCCUUCGGUCGCCAAGGUGGUCUACAAGGGUCCCCCGAACGCCAGGAAGAUGCAGCAGGAGAAGAUCCGCCAAGGCAAGUUCCAGGUGCUGCUCACAACGUACGAGUACAUCAUCAAGGAUCGUCCUCUGUUGAGCAAGAUCAAGUGGUUCCACAUGAUCAUCGACGAAGGCCACCGUAUGAAGAACGCAAACUCCAAGCUGAGCGCCACGAUCCAGCAGUAUUACAGCACCCGAUUCCGCCUCAUUCUCACGGGUACCCCUUUGCAAAACAACCUUGCCGAGCUCUGGGCUAUGCUCAACUUCGUCUUGCCCAACAUCUUCAAAUCUGCCAAGACGUUCGACGAGUGGUUCAACACCCCGUUCGCAAAUACUGGUGGUCAGGACAAGAUGGAGCUUACGGAAGAAGAGCAAAUUCUUGUCAUCCGUCGCUUGCAUAAGGUGCUGCGGCCGUUCUUGCUGCGCCGUCUCAAGAAGGAUGUCGAGAAGGACCUCCCCGACAAGACCGAAAAGGUGAUCAAGUGCAAGUUCUCUGCCUUGCAAGCGCGGCUGUACAAGCAAAUGGUCACGCACCAAAAGAUUGCCGUCAGCGACGCCAAUGGCGGCAAGACCGGUGCCCGCGGCUUGAGCAACAUGAUCAUGCAGCUGCGGAAGCUCUGCAACCACCCGUUCGUGUUCGACGAGGUCGAGAAUCAGAUGAACCCCGCCAAUGUCAGCAACGACCUUCUGUGGCGAACGGCCGGCAAGUUCGAGCUCCUGGACAGGAUCCUCCCAAAGUACAAAGCCACGGGUCAUCGCGUCUUGAUGUUCUUCCAGAUGACGGCCAUCAUGGACAUCAUGGAAGACUUCCUCCGAUUCCGCGGCCUCCACUAUCUCCGUCUCGACGGUACAACGAAGUCGGAAGAUCGGUCCGAGCUCCUGCGGCAGUUCAACCAGCCGGACUCGCCUUACUUCAUGUUCCUCCUGUCCACUCGUGCCGGCGGUCUUGGCCUGAACCUGCAGACAGCAGACACAGUCAUCAUCUACGACUCCGAUUGGAAUCCUCACCAGGAUUUGCAGGCGCAGGAUCGUGCCCACCGUAUCGGUCAAAAGAACGAGGUGCGGAUUCUGAGGCUAAUCAGCUCUGCAUCUGUCGAAGAGAAGAUCCUCGAGCGCGCCCGGUUCAAGCUCGACAUGGAUGGCAAGGUCAUUCAGGCAGGUCGUUUCGACAACAAGUCGUCUGAAACCGACCGUGAUGCUAUGCUCAGGACGCUCCUCGAGACCGCAGACAUGGCCGAGUCUGGUGAGCAGGAGGAGAUGGACGAUGACGAGUUGAACAUGAUUCUUGCCCGGAACGAAGAGGAACUGGCCAUCUUCCAGAAACUGGAUGAGGAGAGGUCGCGCGACCCCAUCUACGGCACUGCGCCUGGCUGCCAAGGAGUCCCGCGUCUGAUGACGGAGGACGAGCUGCCAGACAUCUACCUCAACGAGGGCAACCCGGUCGAGGAAGAAGUGGAGAUGGCCCUGGGUCGUGGAGCCCGUGAGCGUACCAAGGUUAAGUACGACGAUGGGCUUACGGAGGAGCAAUGGCUCAUGGCGGUCGACGAUGAUGAGGACACGCCCGAAGCCGCCGCGGCGCGGAAGGCAGCCCGCAGGGAGAAGCGUGAGCUGAACAAGUUGAGGCGGAAGGGCCUCCUGACCGGGUCCAUGGAGAAUUCGCCGGCGGCCAGCCGCGCUAGCACCGAGGAUGCCGAGACGCCGGUGAAAAAACGCGGGCGCAAGCCGGGCAGCAAGAACCAGGACAAGCGCAAGGCCGAGGAAGGUGACGACGAGCCUCCGGCUAAGAAGCGCCGCGGACCGCAGGGACGUCCAAGGGCAGUUGGCCUGAACGGGUCGGAUAACCGGCUCGCACCCGAAGUGCGCGAGAAGCUGCAGAAGAGUCUCAAGCGUAUCUUUGACGGCCUGAUGAACCUUGAAGUGGACGAUGAUGAGCCUCAAGAGAACCCCGACGGCGAUGACGACGGUCCGCCGAAGCGGCUCAUCAUUGGGCCAUUCGUUAAGCUCCCGCCCAAGCGUGAUUGGGGCGACUAUUACCUCAUCAUUGCCAACCCGAUCUGCAUGAACGACAUCCAGAAGAAGAUCAAGAGGGAGGAGUACCAGAGCCUUGGCGACAUGCGCAAGGAUCUCGACCUGAUGGUGUCCAAUUGCCGGACGUUCAACGAGGAGAGCAGCGGAAUCUGCCAGGACGUGAACUUGAUUGAGACAUAUUUCAAAGAGCAAUUCGAAAAGGAACUCUCCGAGAACCCGGACCUGCGUGCACUGGAGGACCCGUCCGCAGCGGCAGCCGCUGGAUCUGCCACCAAAGACGGCUCAGUCGCACCGUCGACGGCGGCAACUGACGGGACACCUCAACCGACGCCCAGUGGGCCGACGAGGAUCAAGUUGGUCUCGAACUCGUCCAGCGCCGGUGCCGGUGCCAGCGCCUCGAAUGGCGGAGGCAGCCAGGCUAAUGGCGGCAGCGGUGGCGCGCAGAGCGAUGAGGAAUAAGGCGAUGAUGCAAACCUCGGCAGAGGCUGGACUGUGGUCUGGUAGAUUCCUGGUUAGAUCUAUGCGCUCCUGAUUCUUCGUUCUUGUGAGAUUGUUAAGGCGAUUUGGGUUUGCGGCGACCGGUCGGAAGCGGACUGCGGGUUUGCGGGGCGAUCUAUGGCGUUUACAGUAUCUGGCGCUUUGUUUCUACUGCGUCUGGACUCUUCAGAUGGAAUGGUUUUGGGGAGGCGAGGGGGGAGUACAGAAGAGGACGCGUAUUGGGGUUGACUUCUUUGGGAGAGACUUGUUUCUCUGUUUUGCCUCUCGGCAUCAAGAUCACCCGAUUAACCGGUCAGUUGACCGGUCGACAGCGGAAAGAGCGGCUGGCUUAUUGGCGCUGGAAUUUGGGUGAGGGAUUCUUUUGGGGGGGGUGGGGCUGAAACUUUGUGAUAACCUUGAGAUGAGGGACGCUGGUUACGGGACCAUGUUUGAGUAUUACGUACUUGGUCGGUUGUCUUUUAAGAUAUAUAAAUACCUUGUAUUGCACAUUGCACGGGACGCGCUGCGCCAUAGCUGCCUUCUUGCAACGGUGAUUUCGUACUUAGUUUCGUGCUUCUCCCAACGAGGAUGGAGACAACAUUCUUCUAUAUC